AUUUGUGCAAGAGCAUCAAAAGUGAUAAAAUGCCUUCAUAUUACAUAAUUUCAUCACUAACUGGAAAUUCUAAGGGUCACAGUGGAACAUGCUCUCAAGAAAACCCACAACCUGAGGACACUUUAGUGAAGAAGAAUGAACUCCUGCUCGGCCGCUUCUGUCGCUUCAUCGUACGGGAGGUGAAAGGAGAAGGUGUGUUUGGUAAAGUGGCCAAGUGCAUCAGAGAAGACACCGGUGAGCCCGUGGCAGUGAAGAUCCUGAAGAGGACAAACUGUCUGGAUGAUGUUGAGAGAGAGCUUGAGAUGCUGCUCAGAAUCCGCCAGCUGGAUCCAAGAAAGAACAAUCUUGUUCAUUUCUUGGAUAGUUUGGAGCAUCGAGGGCAUCCGUGUCUGGUGUUUGAGAUGCUCGACAGAAGUCUCCACGACGUGUUUGUGGAGAGGGGCUGCAGGCCGCUCCCUCUGUCCGUCAUCAGGAUCAUUCUCAUGCAGCUGCUACAAGCUCUGGACGCCCUGAAGAGCAUCGGUGUGAUCCACACAGACAUCAAAAUGGACAACAUCAUGCUCGUGGAUCACAUGGAAAAGCCAUACCGGGUCAAAUUAAUCGACUUUGGUUUGGCGAUUCCAGCUGACCAUGUCAGGCGGGGCAUGACCUGUCAGCCUGUGAGUUACAGGGCUCCAGAGGUUGUCCUCGGCCUCCCCAUCACUGAGGCCAUUGACGUAUGGAGCCUGGGAUGUGUCAUCGCCUGCUUGUAUCUGGGCAGGAACCUCUUUAAUACAAACUGUCCACACAAACUGCUCAGCAAAAUCAUCCAGAUCCUGGAUCAGCCAAGAGAUGAGCUGCUCGAUCUGGGCCUGUUCACAGAUCUGUAUUUUAACAAGAACGAGGACUUCAGGGGACCAGCUUGGACACUUAUGACAACAGAAGAGUUUAAUUUCGGCAGUUUUCCCAAAAGCCAGUGUGUGAACUCGUCUGAAACGCCCAGCAGUCUGGACGAGCUGAUGCCGGAAUGUGAGAAUCCAGAGGAUCCCAGGCAGGUUGAAGACAGGAAGGCGUUUCUUCACCUUCUUGAGGGGUUGCUGGAUGUGGAGGCUGACAGACGACUCACCCCCAGACAGGCAGUGUUACACAACUUUACAGUGAUGACACACCUGGUGAACAGCGUCCCCACCAGCUCCUACGCCAUGGAUGCCGUAGCAACGCUGACUGUGUGGUCAAGAAUUGAGGAAGGGUUUGGAAAAGCAGAAAAGAAAGUUCAGUCAGAUGGACAGAAGGAGCGACCGAGCAGCCUCCAGAACAAGAAACGAAGGAUGGACGACGUCUCUGAUCUGGACCUCCAUCAGAGUGCUGCAGCAAAAAGGAGAAGGGGCCCUGAGACUUUUUCAGCUGGUAAACUGCAGUUUCAGAAGAUCCCAGAUAACAGUGGACAGAAGAAACGAGUGACACAGUGA